AUGGAAAUACCACAACUCCUGACAGACAAACAAGUUCAAGAAUUUUUGAUCAAUGGUUAUUUAGUACUUGAUCCUGUAUCUCUUGAUUCUAAUUUUCAUUCAACAAUAUUUACCGAAGUUCUUUCUAUUUUUAAAACAAAACAAAAUGAACACAAUCCAGGAAAUAAUAUUCUCCCUUGCAUUCCUCAACUUCAAUGCGUAUUCAACGAUCCAAUAAUUAAAGGUGCAUUACAAAGUUUAUUAGGUUUUAAUUACACAAUGCAACCACACAGAAAUGCUCAUUUAACGAGACCAGGAACAAAAGAUCAACUAUGGCAUAAAGAUAGUUACUUUGGCUACACAAAACCACUUCGUCAUCAUCAAUUACGUUAUAUAAUGGCCAUGUAUUAUCCACAAGAUACUACUAUAGACAUGGGUCCAACUGCUAUUAAACCCCGAACACAGUACGAUGUUAUGGAUCCAGAUCAUCCUAACAAGACACUUGAUAAUAGUAAUUCAAUGAAUGAUGAAAGAAAUGAUAUUUACCUAAUUUGUAAAGCAGGCACGGUUGUAUUAAUUCAUUACGAUAUUGUACAUAGACGGACAAGAAACACAACAGAAAGAUCGAAUCGUUUUAUGUUCAAGUUCUUGUUUAACAGAGUAGAAGAGCCAGUUAUACCGACAUGGAAUCAUAAUCCGACUAACGACACUUAUGAUGCAAUUGAUGCAGGUAUAUUACAACCUGUAGUUAAACACGUUUGGGAUUGGAUGAUUUGUCGAAAUGUGAAACCAACAGAGUCAGUUAGCGAAAACGAUGUGACUAUGUGGAAAUCUCAAUUAAGUAAUAGAAACGGAAAAAUUCGUCUCAAUGCGGCGUAUAAUUUAGGAUUGUGCAACGAAUACAAUGUAUUAAUCAAUCGAUUAUAUGAGCAUGAGGAAAUUUUUUGUUUAGAAGCUGCAUAUGCAUUAACGGCUUGUAAACAUGAUAAAAAUGUUGUUGCUAAAUUACAGGAAAUAUUGAAAAAGGAAGAAAACAAUGAACGAAUAGCUUAUUGUAUAGCAUUCAUUUUGUCAGAAAUGGGGCAAACAGCAUCUGAUGCAUUACCAUUACUCAUUAACAUUGUACAAUCAAGUGACUCAUGGUUGGUCAAACAAUAUUGCUGUGAAGCCUUAGGAACUAUAUGCAGCAACGGACAGCAAAAUAUUGAUUUGGUGAUUCAGUGUCUGACAAAUAUAUUAUCUAAUCAAAGUCUUGAUAAAAAUAAUAAGCAAGCAGAUCAUGCCAGAUUUACUGCUGCGUUGUCUCUCGCUAAAAUUGGUGCAAUGGCCGCACAAGCAAUACCUACACUUAAAAAUGCGCUUUAUUUCGAUUCAAAUCGAUAUGUUAUUGCUAAUGCAUUAUUAGCUUUAGAACGAAUCGGAACACGUGAUACCUUGUCGAUCGUUUUGGAUUAUCUCAAAUUGUCGAGAUGGUGCCCCAAAACAACAGCUAGUAGCCCUUUUUAA